AUGUUGUCCUCGGGCACCCUGAACCUGAAGUUUAUGCAAAGGAAGCAAAACCCUGCAAGCACGACGACCCCGAAGCCAGACGAAAGAAGCCGACAGACUGCUGGCACUAAGCACGGGCUGAAGAACGAGGGCCCAGGCUUGCGAGAGCAGACGACGGUUGCAGUCACCCCAUCAUCGUCGGCGGCGGCGGCGGCAAAGCACGCCCAUCACCAGCCUCACCAAUCCUCCACCCCUCCUACCCUCACGAUCAUCUUCGAAGACUCGCUGAUCGGCUUCCCCUGGCUGUCCUGUCGUCGCGCAACAUGCGUCCCUUCCGGGUCUACCGAUAGUCACACCCUGCCUGCUCACAUCGGCCGCAAGAGCUAUGGCGAAUCCAACAAAGCAGUCCAAAAACUAGACCAAGAGCCUUCAGCGGACUCCCACAAACGGCCGCUGUCGGACAACUCGCCGGCGCCCGACCGGUCGCGUCCGGAGGCCAAGAAGCCGCGAGCGGAUCCGCGGGGCGCGAGCGAUUCGCAGCCGCCCCCUCACUCCUCCGCUAAACGGACUAAGAACCUCGCCUCGGAUUCCGCGUCGCGCCCGCCCCAAGCACCGGAAUGCAUCGUCAUCGAUGACGACCAGGAUGGCUCCCCUAAGGACUCGCUCGAUAACGAGGCCGUCAAUCGGCAGAUCGAGGACAUCCUGUGCGCGACCGACCAGCAGCUGGUGCUCGACCUGCCCCAAUUCACGCUGCCGGCCGAGCCGCCCGCCCGGGUGACGAGCUUCCAGCGGACGGUCGAUGUCGCGGGCACGAUCACGCGCGAACAGCUCAUCCUGCGUCUCACCCGGACCCAGAAGGUGACCGCGAAGUGGUACCUGCCCGUCGAGGCCCAUCGGGCGGCCAAUCUGAGCUCGAUGGAGGUCUACGAGGGCGAGCCUAAGAAGACCGGCGGGCCUGGGAACCGGGGGCUGAAGAUCGAGCCUCUGGGCUACGAUUCCGAGAAAGACAUCCACCUCAUCGAAGUCGAAUGGCCUCACCCAGACAACGACGAGGCUGUCAUCACCAUCAACUCCCACUUCCUCGGCAUGACCUCUCCUCGACCAAGAAGCUUGGCCCAAGACGAAGGCGCCAAGCAGGGACUGUACUGGGAAGCCGAUCUCCUGGCCGGCUUCGGCGCUCUCCCCGGAGCGCUGACCGAAGAUGCCCAGGUGAAGAUCAAGGUCAAAACACCCACCCCGAGAGUCUUCACAAAACAUUCGCCGGCUGGCUUCGACAUCCAACAACCCAGCGGCUCGAAUCUGCUCACGUUUACCAACAAGAUCAGCGCCCCGAAGCUCGCUGAGGAGCCCCAAGUCGCCCAUCUGCAUUACUUCCAGCCGUUCCCCUUGGUCGUCAUUGGCAAUCUGACCAGGCUGGUCGAGGUCAGUCAUUGGGGAAACAACGUGGCCAUCGAAGACCAGAUCCAUCUCGAAAACCGGGGGCCCACGCUGAAAGGAUCGUUCUCAAGAGUGGUACAUCACAAUGCUGUCUAUGCACGGGCACCGGGAGGAACAGCGCACAUCCUGACCGGGCUGACGCUCGAGCUGCCGCAAGGGGCCUCGAGCCCGUACUACAUCGACACGAUCGGGAACGUGUCGACGUCCAGGUUCCGGCCAUCGAUGCCCUCGACGACCAAGCUGCCGGGCCAGGGCCAGCCCAAGUUCAAGAAGCCCAAGGAGGCCAAGUCCUCCAAGCUCGAGCUCACACCCCGCUACCCGAUCGCCGGCGGCUGGAACUACUCCUUCACCGUCGGAUACAACCUCGAGGCCGGCAGACUGCUCAAACAAAACGACCCCGGCCAAUAUAUCUUGAAAGUGCCCUUCUUCACUAACGCCCUCGACGUCCCUAUCGACCUGGCUACCCUGAGAGUCAGGCUCCCCGAGGGCGCCUUUAAUAUCCAGGUCUACACGCCUUUCGCGGUGACUGAGUUGGUCGACGACUUGAUCGAUAAGACGUACCUAGAUACCUCAGGCCGGCCAACGAUUCUGAUCAAGAAACUGAGAUGCACGGAGAAACACAGCGAAGACAUAUACAUUACGUACUUCAGGGCGCCGAUGAUCAGCUUGCAGAAGCCGUUGGCGAUCGCCGGAUGGAUGAUGACUUUGUUCGUAAUCGCGGCUGGCGUCCGGAGAUUCGAAUGGAAGAUCGGCUCCCACUAG